GAGGAGAGGAAACUACAACAGAAACAAAGAGGAAAGAAAAACUAAGAUUUUAAAUAGAACAGAUCAUCUCUGACUCCAGCCUGAACAUCAGCAGCUUUCUUUUUCACAGUCGCCUCUUUUUUUUACAUUGUACAACAUCUUGCACGGUGACACUUCCAACCUCUUUCUCCUGCAUCCGCGGACUCUCACCCUGCUCUGAAAACUGCAGAUGAACCAGUCAAAAUCCUGAACUGCGUCUGUGUAUUGGACAGGAGUCCAACUUUACGACGUGCACUGAGGGAGUGGAGAUCCUCUGUGCAGCGUGCGUAACAAAAAAAAAGGACUGGCUGGCUUUUUUGUGAGGUGGAGGAGGUGACCUGAAGAGGAAGAACCGGGACCAGAGUGCUCCUGGAAGAGCUCCGGGAAGAGGAGAAGAGGAGGAGGAGGAGGGUGCAUCACACUGAGAAAGAGCAUCCUCCCGGCCUCUUCACCACCCACUAACACACCCUAAAUACAGGACUUUGAGAAGCCUUAUGAAAUUAUUGCACAGAUUUGUUAUUUAACUAAAUAAUUCCAGCAGACAUCCAGUCGCAUUAAGAGAUCAAAACUUAACAGGGACUGGCUCUUAGUCAAUAGUGGAGGGACACCGUGGGGAACAGAGACAACCGGGACGCCCCAGCGCACCGCUGCAGAAUGGAUCUCCCACCAAUCAGAGGUUUAUCUGAUGUGCCGUGAGCGUUGGGGAGCACCUUCCCCCACGCCCGGCUUCCAGCCCCGGUACUCGACAGGAUGGACCCUACGCGUUCCUUGAGGAUGGAGCUGGAUUCGAGCGCUCAAGUGCUGUCGCUUGAGCAGAUCCGGGCCAUCCGGGCCAACAAUGACUAUGUGGAGAGACCCGUGGCGCUUGAGCCAGUGUCCCAGUCAGGAUUUUUCUACGCCCAUGAGGACCGUUACCCUCAUGGAGUGUACACCCAUCCCCCUCAGCCGCCCUUCCCCUCUGCCCUAUCCCGCAGCCAAAGUCAGCAGCAGCACGCUCACUUUUCCCACCUUAGCCGUUCCAGCACCAUAAGCUCCUCUAUAUCUCGGACCAGUGCCACAUCAGACCAGCGUCUCCUGGCAGGCCUGACAACAUCCCGCUCUAGCUUAGGUUCAGUGAUCCAUUCUCAGCCGAAAGGGGAGUUCAAGCCUGAUGCUUCCUUGGGCAAACGCCUGGCGGGGGAUGAUGGUGAACUGGGAGGUCAUCUGUUUAUCUGCGAGCAAUGUGGUCGCUGUAAAUGUCAGGAGUGCUGCACUCCACGCCGCCUCCCUUCCUGUUGGGCAUGCGGACAACGUUGUCUGUGCUCAGCGGAGAGUGCCGUGGAGUAUGGUACCUGCUUGUGUUGCGUCAAAGGCUUGUUCUAUCACUGUUCUGCCCAGGACGACGAGGAUAACUGCGCCGACCGACCGUGCUCCUGUGCUCCGGCCCAUGCUUGUGCCCGCUGGAGCACCAUGGGACUGCUGGCACUCUGUCUGCCGUGCCUCUGCUGCUACCCUCCUGCCAGACUGUGCCUUGCCCUGUGCCAGUGCGCCCAUGACCGGGCCACACGGCCUGGCUGCAGGUGCAGCAACACCAACACCGUGUGCCGCAAGAUUUCUGCCUCCAACCCCAAUCCUUGUCAUCCCUCGCUACGUAACAAAUCUCUGGAGAAGCCAUUAUGACAGGCUUGGAGGAUCGACAGAUGAAUUUAUUCUCUCUCAGAUGUGGCCAAAGCAGCACUGUUAACAGUUAACAGUUGUGGAGACAAAGCCAUUCUGACCCUAUAUAAUCCAACCAACCAUGAUGUGUUGUUCACCUGACAUACCUUGAAUUUAUUUCUCCAGCUCAGGAGGGACCAAAGCUUUAGUCUGCCUGUUAACGUUGGAGACUUGAAGGCUAAUGAACCCCCAAAAAAACCCAACAAAAAACACGUCACGAAGAAGCCAUUCUGCUUUUCUGGACAGUCCUUCACAAGGACUCCAUGACAGAACCAACCUCUCUCUGCAUUCUGUGGUGUAAACUUAGCGUGAAAAAAUCUAUUUAUUUAUUGUUAUUAAACCUCCUUCCUCCCCACCCUUUGCAAAGGGUUUGCAGAGCACAGAGAGGGGCAAUGGACCAAAUCCGGCAGGAAAGUGGCCUGAGGCAACGUGUACCGUCUUUGCCAACAGUUUUCUGUCCUCAAGAAACAGAAAAUCAGAGCAAGCGUGUGAGACUGAAGUUAAAGCUACAUUGACAGAACGCUCAAGAAGAAAGUGAAGCUGGAUGAAUUACUGAGGACAUGAUGUUGCAUUGAACACCUGACUGGGACUCGAAGCAGAAAGCGAAGCAAAACUGUAUCAAAAAGGGACCAUGCACUGUACAAACUGAGUGAAAUUAAAUGCUAUUAAGCUCAUUUGUAAAGGGAAAAAAAUCACUGUGAGGUAGAUGGACGAUGUUCUCCUCGCCCACCUAGAACUGUUUGGGAGAUUUAAUCAACCAGAGAGAGGAUGCAUCCAUUGUAACUAACCAGUGUGUGUGUGUGUGUGCGCG